CAUUUUAAGUGUUUUCUAUCCUGUUGCUCAUUGCAGCUUUCUGACCUCUGGAACCCCUUAAGAAUCAUGUCUCUGCAUCAGUUUCUGCUGGAGCCCAUCACCUGCCACGCCUGGAACAGGGAUCGUACCCAGAUCGCCCUCAGCCCCAAUAAUCAUGAAGUGCACAUCUACAAGAAGAAUGGGAGUCAGUGGGUGAAAGCUCAUGAGCUGAAGGAACACAAUGGACACAUCACAGGUAUUGACUGGGCUCCUAAGAGCGACCGUAUAGUCACUUGCGGGGCGGAUCGCAACGCAUAUGUCUGGAGUCAGAAGGAUGGCAUCUGGAAGCCCACCCUGGUCAUCCUGAGGAUCAACCGUGCGGCCACGUUUGUGAAGUGGUCCCCACUUGAGAACAAGUUUGCUGUGGGGAGUGGAGCCCGGCUCAUCUCUGUUUGUUACUUUGAGUCUGAAAAUGACUGGUGGGUGAGCAAGCACAUUAAGAAGCCGAUCCGCUCCACAGUCCUCAGCCUGGACUGGCAUCCCAACAAUGUUUUGCUGGCUGCAGGCUCCUGUGACUUCAAAUGCAGAGUGUUCUCUGCCUACAUUAAAGAGGUAGAUGAGAAGCCAGCCAGCACACCCUGGGGCAGCAAGAUGCCUUUUGGUCAACUGAUGUCUGAGUUUGGUGGCAGUGGCACUGGCGGCUGGGUGCAUGGAGUCAGCUUCUCUGCCAGUGGGAGCCGCCUGGCCUGGGUCAGCCAUGACAGCACCGUGUCUGUUGCUGACGCCUCAAAAAGCGUGCAGGUUUCAACUCUGAAAACGGAGUUCCUGCCACUGCUGAGUGUGUCAUUCGUCUCGGAGAACAGCGUUGUGGCUGCUGGUCACGACUGCUGCCCAAUGCUCUUUAACUACGACGACCACGGCUGUUUGACCUUUGUGUCAAAGUUGGACGUCCCAAAACAGAGCAUCCAGCGCAACAUGUCUGCCAUGGAACGCUUUCGCAACAUGGACAAAAGGGCCACGACGGAGGACCGCAACACAGCCUUGGAGACACUGCACCAGAACAGCAUCACUCAAGUGUCUAUUUAUGAGGUGGACAAGCAAGAUUGUCGCAAAUUUUGCACUACAGGCAUUGAUGGAGCCAUGACAAUUUGGGAUUUCAAGACCCUAGAGUCUUCCAUCCAAGGCCUCCGGAUAAUGUGAAAAGUGAGCCUCCGCCAUCCAGCAUGAGGGACGGGCUGAGCACACUCUGCCGUUCGCAUGUGGUGAGACCCUCCAGCCCAUGGAAACACUGUCGCACUGAUCAAGCAACUAGUGUGUGUUCGUGUGGAUGUUGUGGAUUUUAAAGACAGCAGUGGUUUGGUUUGCUGCUGCUGUGUUUUCUUUCACUUUGUUUUGUUUUGAUUUUGCUUUCUCAUUCCAUUUUUGACCAAAGCUUCCUUUAAGUAGUUUAUCACGGAACAUUGUCACACUGACUUAAAGGGCAAGGGAAGUAGAUACGUUGUCUGCUAAAAAGAUUAAAGACGAAUCCCAAGU